GAAUAAUGUUGUUGGGGCCCCAAAGUGUCAAAAUUGUGUCAGUCUCUGUCAGUGUCAAAAAAAUGUAAGUCUCUCAAAAUGUUGAACAACACGAAAACCGACCACUCAAAAUCGAUUUUCUCCUACAACGUGUAUCGCACCAAUAACCAUCAAGCCCGUCCCAAUCUCCGCCCACCUCCCACUUUCAAGUCCUCCUCUCUCUCCUCCACCCUCUCCAAAGACCCUGAAAUCCUCUACUUCAACGAGAAGAUUCUCCGUCGAAAAACCAAGAAUCAGAAAGUGAUUGAAUGUAGUACCCAAACGAGUAAAACAAUCCUACAGUUGGCACAACUGGAAACCAUCAAAAACGGUACUUUUAUCACGCCCUUCCCACAUUUUGAAACUCCGCCUCAAGACGGCCCACUUAACCUAUCCCUGCAUGUGACUCCGCCUCUCAUGUCACCCGAUAGUCUCGCCGCCAGUCCUCGUAACGUCUCGAUGCUCAAUUGUCCGUAUUCGGUGACCAAUCGGCUCUCAGAUUACACACUUGAUGGUUCGUGUACCGAACAUGAUUUGAAGAAAAACUCAGAAGUGCGCAGCCAAUCAUUUAUCGAGUCUUAUCCCCACCCGAAUUAUAUACAAGAUCCCGCCCCCAAAUCAAAAAUUCCCAAGCCACGAUUCGCUAGACGCAGUUCGAAAUCGCUUGAACUUCCCGAUAAUUCGUUUGUACGUCGUGUCUCCUCCCCCUUUUGCCACGCCCAGAAUAGUUUCAUGUCCCCCACCAAAUCUAGUCAGAUUAAAAGCAAUAUGGCGGAUAUAAAAAGUGCGAAUUUUUUGAUUCCACCAAUGAGGAGAGGUCGUUCAACGAGUCCGAAACCAACUUCAGGCAAGAAAUGGUUCGAAACGUCGAGGAAAAUUCCAUAUAUUGAUCAAAGUAGGUCAGAUAUGAGUAGUUCGACGACUCUUGUUAAUGCAUCGAGAAAUCCCGAAUUAGUGAGAUUGGAAGGGAUUGAAAGGGAUUUGUCCAAGAGUGAAUUAAGUAUCAAAAUAUCGGAUGAUGUUUUGAGUUUGAUUACGAACGCACAAGUCUCUAAUUCGUCCGUCGAUACGACCAUUUGUAUGGCUGUGAAUAAAUUGAGGGAGCCGGAUUGGAGGUUGGCCCUUCGCGGUCUCGCCGACAUUGUGGAAAUCUGUCGUGUGAUCGACAUUGACCUCAUCUACGACUACAUGCCAAGCAUCCAUCAACGUCUCAUCGAAUUAUUAAAAAGUCCACGUUCGCACGUAUGUCGUACAGCAUGUCAAGCAGCUGGUCAUUUAUUCGAAUACGUCAAAGACACACGUCGUCCCGAAUUCGACGAUAUCGUCGACAUACUCCUCCACAAAACGGCCGAUUCGAAUCGUUUCAUUCGACAUGAUGCCAAUUUGGCACUCGAUUGUAUGGUAACACAUAUAUCGACAUUCAAUGCAGUGCGAGCAUUGUGCCAAAAAGGGCCAUUUCAUAAAAAUCCAUUGGUGAGGUGUGCCACAGUGAGGCUUCUGGUGUGUGCAAUUGUGAUUGCGGGACCAGAUUUUGUGCUAAAUCCCAAUAAUAAUGAGUAUACGAGAAAAAGGGUGAUUUUGAAUAUGGCGAGGUUUUUGGAGGAUAAGAAUUUGGAUACAAGGAAAUUAGCAGAGAGAUUGUAUAAAGUGUUGUCGAAAGAUACGAGAUUUGAAGUUUAUUUGAAGAAAUAUCUAGAAAAGGAACAAAUUACCAAGAUUAAAAAGACUUUAAGGAUUAUACACAAGAAAUGAGUUUUUAUUAUUAUGUAAGGUACAGGGUGUUUUAAUAAAGCUCUAUUGAGUC